AUGGCCGCCCCUGGCCAUUCCAUGGUUGCCCCGGGCCCUUCCAUGCCCCUGACUCAAGGUUUCCACGGCCACCUGCCUGAAAAGGAGAAUGGUACUGUGGAAUGGGACAUGAGAGAGGGGCAGAAGAGAGAGACAGAGGAGAGGCAGUGUGAAAUUUUCUUGCCUUUGGUUAAAUGCAUCAUCCGUAGUAGCACAAUACAGAAGGAGACAGGGUGUUUCUGUGUACAAUGUGAAGACUGCAUAUCUUCCUACUGCUGCAGAGGUUCCCCUCCAUACUGCUGCUCAUACUACGCCUACAUCGGGAGCGUCUUAUCAGGCACAGCAAUAGCAGGUGUCGUACUUGGGAUUGUCUUUCUCAUGGGAGUGGUUGCAGGAAUAGCCAUUUGUAUCUGCAUGUGUAUCAAAAACAGCGGGAGCACACGUGUGGGCGUAAUACAGGCAUCUCACAUCAAUUCUGUCAAUCGAUUCACUGUCCCUCCUCCUCCACCUUACAGCUACGACUAUGAGAUGGAUUAUCCUGCGGAUCUCCCCCCACCUUACACUCCCACGCCUCAAGCUUCCCUGCAGUACACACCACCCCCACCUUAUCCGGGCUGCUCAAGAAAAUAA